GCUCGCGAGCCUAGGUACGGCCCUGGGCCGGGCCUCGGGCGGGGCUGGGGCCGUGGCAGGAAGCCGGAAGCAGCCGCGGCCCCAGCUCGGGAGACAUGGCUGGCGUUAAAGCUCUUGUGGCAUUAUCUUUCAGUGGGGCUAUUGGGCUGACUUUUCUGAUGCUGGGAUGUGCCUUAGAGGAUUAUGGCGUUUACUGGCCCUUGUUUGUCCUGAUUUUCUACGCCAUCUCUCCCAUCCCCCAUUUCAUUGCCAAACGAGCAACAUAUGACUCCGAUGCAACAAGUAGUGCCUGUCGGGAACUGGCUUAUUUUUUCACUACAGGAAUUGUUGUUUCUGCCUUUGGAUUUCCUGUUAUUCUUGCCCGUGUGUCUGUGGUGAGUAUCCUACAAUUCAGCUCAAGUCUGAGUCCAUCUACCUGGAGACAGCAACAGAUUCUACUGGUUCAGGGCUCUGUCCCACAAGACUACCUCCCUCUUCAGAUGCCAAUCACAAGUCCAGAUCAAAUGGGGAGCCUGUGGCCUGGUGCUGGCAGGCAAUGCAGUGAUUUUCCUUACAAUUCAAGGUUUCUUCCUUGUAUUUGGAAGAGGAGAUGAUUUUAGCUGGGAGCAGUGGUAGCCCGUGCUUUAUCCUGACAAAAUGCAUUUAAUUUCUUAGAAUCCAUGCUGUUUGUAUAUGUGUGCACAUGUGGCCUUUUACUAUGAAAUUUAAUACGCUGGUUUUUUAUACCUUUGUAAUCAUGUAAUCACUUUAAGGAGGACUACAUGGGGAAAAGUUUAAUUUUAUUCCCAACUAGUAGACUUCUCCAUUCACUCAAGUUGAGUCAUGUUGUUCAGCUGUUCAUAUAGUCAUAGUAUGGUGCUGUCAGAAAAUACGUUAACAUACGUUUGCCCACUCUGCGUGCCACAUUUCCACCUGCAGCCCAGGGAUCUGCUUGGGUGGGUCCAUAACACUGGGGUUAUCUCAGCUCUCCUCAGGACUUCCAACAUAUACUUGUGGCUCAGAGAGAAGGAGGUGGCCCCCUCUUUGUGUUGCAGACUCUUGCUUCUCCAAGUAUGGUCCAUAGGCUAGGAGCAUCAGCAUCUCAAAGUGUGGUCCAUAGGAGCUUAACUACAAAUGCAGAACCUGUGAUCCCACCCACAACCCAGCUCACUUUGGUGAGAUCUCAAGUGAAUCCUAUGCACAUGAAAGUUUGAGAAGCAUGUUCAUGAAGAAAUAAGCAUUGCUGUCCCCUUGGCUGAACCACUUAGCUUGUGUGGGCAUUAGCAGCUUGUAAAAGCUGUUUCCCCUUCCCCUCAUGUUGAGGCCUAGUUCAGAUUCUCCUUGAUGUUUGUGCAGUGUCCAAACCUAUAAUUUACAGGCUGUUCCUCAGAUUUGUGAAAUGUUCUCAAUAGCGAACAGCCAUGGCUUCACAUUUUCUGAAAAAGCAAAUGCUGUCUUCACAGUGGAGGGGAACAGAGCCCCUGCUGGGAGACAGUGGAUGGAGGCUGGACUAGAACUGUCCCCUGCUUCAGCAGGAUGGGGAGGAGUGGGCAAGUAAUACUGUUUAAUUUCCCUUUAUAGUCUGACAUUUCUCCCCAGUUAUUUCCCUGUGCUGUUCCCCCCAACCUUCACCAGCACCCCUAAGCCCCCCAAAACACACUCCCAGCAGUUCUGAUUGGCCCGCACUUCUUUAUGGCUCAGCUUCUCCUUUCUACAGAGACAUAGAGCCAAGUAAGCAAGCAGAGGGUGAGCUGCUUAAUUUUAUUUACAUGUGAUGUACUUAUUGUCUUCCAUGUCCUAUAGGACUUUUAAUAACACUUUAUGCUAGUUUUAAAUGAAUCAUUGAGAAUUAAUGUGAUGCUAGGUUCUGUAAUCACAGUUUUUCUAGCUUAACUUUUUGUCCAAGACUUAUCAAGAAAAAGAAUUUUUGGAACUAGAACUGCUUGAUUAGAAUAUAAGCAAUGAUUUUAAAGCAUUAUUAAUGUAUGAUAACUGACGUACAUUCAAAACUCUGAAACCUUGAUGUUUGUAACCCCUUUGUAUUCUGGAAUGAUGUUGGGAUCAGAAGAGUGAUACCUAAGAUGAUAAUGUGCAGUGAUGUUUAGCCCUGUGCGUGAUUUUAUGUUUUCAAUGUACUGUGUACUUACAGAAUUGUUAAAGUUGUUAUUUCCAAUAUUUAUACUAGGAAAAUUAUAUAGACACUUUAUGAUUUUAACCAGCAUUUUUAAUGACAUUUGCACUUACUGUAUUGUAAUAAACUCCACUUUUAACACAAAAGUUUAACUAAAAGUCUUUAUUCUGAUGUUGAUUUGCAUAAAUGGUAACCCCAAAAAUGAAAAUUUCUUGGUGUUCUGAAAUGUGCAGUUUUAAGCAAUAAUCUGUCCUGCAUUAGAAUAAUAGCAAUAAGUUGUAAGGUACCAUUUUGGAUGUGUAGUUGGCUUGUAAUAGCUUUUCUUUUCCUAAGAUGGAGAUACUGUUAAUACUACAUUUUGCAAAAGUUCCUUUGUUGCUUAUACACAUUUUAAAUAGCCAGUGUAGCUUUAAUGUGUAGUCUUCCAGCGUUGCUUCUUGAUUAUAUUUCCAGGAUGAUAUAAAGUCCUUCAUGUAGAGUAUUUGUGGGAUAGAAAUACUAAUGUGUUGGAAACACUAAUGGAAACACUAAUGUGACUACUAAUGAAAUGGUUUAUCGAAGUGAUAGGUUAUUGGAUUUGCUAAGUGUCUGAAACAGGCUUUAUUCUGCAACACAUAAGUGUCAUUUAAGUAAUAAACUUCAGUAUUAUUUAAGAAA